AUGUCAGGUCUUCCCCUCCACAGCCUGGAGCUUGUUCCAGCACCUGUUUCAGGCCCGCCGCUCCCUGGGUCCCUGUCUCGAAACGCUCUUAUUUACCCGUGCGAUAACGACCGACCGACAGCUUUGCGACAAGAGGAAAAGCCCAUUACAGAAUCAAAACGCACCACAGCCGCCAUGGUUUUCGUUUUAGGUGUCAACUUCGCAGAGAGCAAGUUGGUCAAGAAAGCGCUCGAGUCUUUCUACGGCCUGGGCCCCCAACUUUCGGAGCGCAUCAUGGCCAAAUACUCCAUACACAAGCUAGCAACGAUGGGAUCAUUGGCCCCGCGAACCGUCACCUCGCUAACGGCCGAACUGGGCCAGAUGCCCAUCGAGAGCGACGCGAGGAAGACUCUGCAGGACAACAUUAAGCGGCUCAAAGAUAUGGGCGCAUAUAGGGGCCGUCGACACGCCAUGGGGCUGCCAGUGCGCGGUCAACGAACGAGAAAUCAGACUGCGACGGCGACCAAGCUCAACCGCGUCAACAGAAAAGGCUGA